AUGCAUAAAAUAAUUCAUAUUAUUAACGUUAUUUUCGUUUUAUUAAUUGUUUUGGGAUAUUGUCGUUUUGUACCUGAAAGAAAUGAAGUUCAUUUCGAUCGAGUUUUAUAUUCACGUCGAUGGGGACGUUGGUGUACAGAAGAUAUCGAAUGUGGUCGUGGUUUUUGUAAAGGUUACAUAUGUCAAUGUUAUCGUGGAUAUAUAACAUGGAGAUUUAUGGAAGUUUGUAAUUAUGAACAACGAACUAAAUUAACAGCUUUUCUUGUUUCAUUUUUUACUGGUAUAUUUGGUACUGAUUGGUUUUUUUUAUCAAGAGGUGAAGCUAGAUAUAUUAUUGCUGGUAUUUUUAAAUUAAUUAUUUCACUUGGAUGUAUUAUUGGAUGGCCUAUAACUAUUGUUGGCAUAUCGGAAAAAAGGUCUCGUCUUCGUAUGACAGCUGAAGCUGUUAGUGUUAUUCUUAGUGUUACAUCAUUUAUAUGGUGGUUAACUGAUUGGAUUAGAAUUUUAGCUGAUGUAUUUUAUGAUGGACAUGGAGCACCGUUACAAACAUGGGGAUAUAAUUAUUAUUAUGAUAGAAUUCUAUAUCGCCUAUAA